AUGUUGCGACGAUUAAAAUCCGAAUCAUCCACGUCUGGUCCAGGUUAUCAAUUGAUGGAUUUUCCUGAACUAGAAAAAGUGAGGAGUCUUCAUAAAACCUAUACCAAAGAUGUUACUCAAGAACAAUUGGAUUUGAUGGAUGGAGUGUUGGUCUUGUUGGUACGAGUUCUUGUUCAGGAUGGAGAGGCUAUUGUUGCUGAAUCAACAGUGUCGGAAUCAUCAUCCGAUGAUGCAUCAUCCAAUAAUCAUACUAGUUCUGUUGUUCGGGUAGCAAAGGCGUUGAAAGCAACAAGAGAAAUUCCUCAAGUUGUGAAACAAGAGAAGAAUACAUUGAAAUCAAUGAGUGCUGAGGAGUUUAAUGAGCUGAGAAGAAAAUUAUUGGAUGAUUUUGCAAUUUAUAGAUAUUUGAGAGGUCAUGCUUGGGCAUUGGAUGAAAGUACUCGAUUGAUUAUUAAAAUGUUGAAUUGGAGACAUGAAUACAAACCUGAAAAUGUUAGAUUUGAGGAGUUUUUGGACACAACAGCCAAAUCAAAAAUGUUUAUUGACACUGGUUAUGCCUCCGAUAAUGGAAUGCCACUAUUUUACAUGUGGGUUUCAAGAGAUUUACUUGACAACUCUGAUGAGAACAAGAGUCUAAAAUUCCGUCAUUUAAUUUAUGUACAUGAGAGAAAUUUCAUUCGUGAAGGUCGUUUCAAAGAUGACAAUUUUCAAAUGAAUUGGGUCGUGGAUGUUUCUGGUAUUUCUUUGAAUUUAGUGAGACGAAUGAAAGAUAUUUUUGACGACAUUGGAUUUUACUAUCCAGAACGCUUAGGUCGAGUGUUUGUCAUUAACGCACCAUGGACAAUUAAUUUGAUUUGGGCCUUCUUGUCACCCUUCCUAUCCGAAGAAUUAAAGGCCAAAUACAUGAUGAUCAAGAUGGACGAACUUAAAAACAAGAUUGACCCAGAUAGUUUACCCACUGAGUUUGGUGGUAAUUUACAAAUUGAUUGGGAUGCUUAUUAUUCCAAACUCAUGAAGGAAGACAAGGAACGAGUUGGAGAGCAGAAAUAA